CAGCUGUUCCUACUGUCACUUUUUUCUUUCAGCCAACAACGAAAAUUUUCACCUAGGCGAAAAGUUCACGAGAAAAAGUAGUUUUACACAGGAAAAUGUCCACAAUUUGUUGAGUUAUUGGCAAAUAACUGCUAUCGACGGUAUUUGCAAGAAAUCUACAUCAGAGCUGCUGUUAUAUAAAUCAUAGAAAGGGAACCGUCGUUGGAGAAUUUUUAGGAUCGAACAGUGAAGCCGUCGGCAAUGGGCGAUCGAUUGUUGAAAGUCGGACAGCGAAUCGAAGUGUCCGGAAAGGAUGUUCGGGGUUCAAUUGCGUACAUCGGGAUGACCUCGUUUGCGGUCGGCAAAUGGGUUGGUGUCAUCCUGGACGAACCGAAGGGGAAGAACAACGGAUCGAUUAAAGGACAGACGUACUUUUCGUGUGAGGAAAACUAUGGAAUGUUCGUUCGUCCAACCCAGUUGGUAUUCCUAGACGAUGCUGGCAAUGCAAUCGAAAGCGGAGAUGUCCAAACACCCGAAGAGAAACCACGAUCCCGUUUGAGCAGUUCCAAGCGUGCUCCUUCCAGUAACAAACCAACUGCGGGGUCAGUUCGCUCCUUGGCAUCGAUGCCGGGCUCAACGCCCACAUUCCAAGCAAAACCAACGGCCGUUCGUCGCAAAUCGCCAGUCAAGCAGCCCCAAUCGAAGCGCGCCUCCAUGACUAUGACACUCUCGACGUCCAGCUCCCGAGCAUCGCUGAAUCGAAGCACCAGUUCGCUGGGAUCCAAAACUCAGCUGACCUCACCGGGUAAUGAUCGUCCGUCUGGUCAGUCAUCGAUCCCGACUCCGGUUUCAUCCAUUCCAACUAUGGUGAAGGCCGGCGAUCGGUACGAAUCGCUGCACAGAUCUCACAUCAGCCCACCGGAAUCAUUGCAAACCUCGAAGCGAGCCUCAUUUGUGGAAACUGGAUUCGUCGAAACUCUUAAACCUCAAUUCACCCCUGGACAAUCGUUGACAUCUCCUUCACCGGCUCCCUCCACUGAGGAUCGCAUUCAUCUACUGCAGUUGCAGCAGGAGAUUGAAGACCUAAAAACGCAGAACAAAGAUCUGGUUGAAAAGCUAGAAACAUUGAAGGUACGUCGCGCUGAGGAUAAGGAGCGUCUGCGUGAAUUCGACAAGAUGAAGACUCAGUAUGACCAGUUGGUGGAAUUCAAGAGCAAAAUCAUGGAUGCGCACUCGCAGCUGCAACGUGACUAUCAAAGAGCGAAACAAGAGGCUAAGGAUGCCAUCGAGGCUCGUGACUUGCAUAUUGAGGAAAUGGCUGAAUUGUCAGAGAAUGUGGAGAUGAUUACGCUGGAUAAGGAAAUGGCAGAGGAAAAGGCUGAUACUUUAGCUUUGGAACUGGAAACUGCUAAGGAAAGGAUUGAAGAACUGACGCUGGAUUUAGAGAUCAUGAAAACCGAAAUGCAGGAGAAAAUGGCUGGCGGUGGUGUGAUUUCCGACGGAACUGGAACAGGAGUUUCCACCUAUGAAUUCAAGCAGCUCGAACAGCAAAACGCAAGACUUCGCGAAACAUUGGUACGUCUACGGGAUCUAUCGGCGCACGAGAAGCACGAAAUUCAAAAGUUGGAAAAGGAGUUGGAAACGAAAAAGUCCGAAGUUGCCGAGUUGCAGCGCACCAAGGAGAAACUAUCCUCAAAAAUCGAUGAACUGGAAGCUCAGCUUAACGACUUGCAGGAACAAGUCGAUGCCGCUCUUGGUGCGGAAGAGAUGGUAGAACAACUGGCGGAGAAGAAGAUGGAAUUGGAAGAUAAAGUUAAGGCGUUGGAAGAAGAGGUGGCCGAACUGGAAGCACUGGAGGAAGUUCACGAACAGUUGGUCGAAAGCAAUCACGAGCUGGAGAUGGAUAUGCGCGAGGAACUCGAUUUGGCUCACGCAGCUAAACGAGAAGCGGUUCGAGAGAAAGAUGCUGCCCUGGAAACGAUUGUAGAUCGCGAUCAGACCAUCCUUAAGUUUAGGGAGCUGGUCCAGAGAUUGAACGAUCAAUGUCAAGAGCUUCGAGAGAAAAUCACCCAGGAAUCGAACAAGGUUGUCAAGGACACUAUUUCUGAAACAAUCGACUUCAAGCAGAUGUUCGCCGAAUCGAAAGCCUUCACUAGAGCAAUCGACCUACAGUUGCGGCAGAUCGAGCUAACGCAAGCGAACGAACACGUCAAGUACUUGACGGCGUUCAUGCCGGAAGUAUUCAUGGCUCGUGGUGGUGAUCACGAUGCGAUUUUGGUAAUUCUAUUAGUUUCUCGAAUCGUGUUCAAAUCGGGUAUAAUUGUCAGCCAAGCAAGGGAACGUUUCUCCGCCGUACCACAAAUCGAUCGCAAUGCCAUCGUUAGCGGGCAUGAGGUUUACCAGUUCCGUUUCCGAUCGAGAUUGCUCCACCACGUGCACAACCUUCAAAGUAUUAUGCAUCAGUUCCUGUACGGUUUGACUGCGUGUUCGGCCGAUACGUUGCUUAAGAUUGGAUCAUCUUUGCCAGAGAUGCAGGCACAGGAGAAGAUGGUCGAUGAAAUUGUGGAUUUGCUCAAGGCGAAUCAACUGGAUGAGAACUCUUCUACCGACAAUCUUGAGAAGUGUGUUACCUUCUUUAACGCCAUGUACUUGGUGCUGCUGUCUGGCGAAGACUUGCUGAACGAAACCCAAAUUGUGCGCGACUGCACAGCGUCUAUUUCGGCUGCAUGCGACUCGAUAUCGACCGAUGCAAUUGUGAUGAAGACAUUGAUUCAGGGAGGCGAUGAGACCAGCGAUUCUGGCCUACUCAUGCAGUACAUCAUUCAGAACAUCGAAUCGGUGAAACAGCAGCUCAAACUAACCAAACGACGUCUACCUCAGGACGUCAGCAUAACAAAAUGCAAUCUCUCUAUGAACACGCUGCAGAACUUGAAGAAGACCGCCGAGUCCCUUAACAAGCUAAUGAGUGUCAUGUUCUACAGCGCCAAGCAGGUUAUCCAAAUGGUCACAGCCGAUCCGGAGUCGGAAGUCUCCGUACCACACGACAAACUCUGGGAAAUGUUGUCCAAUGCUUGCGAAAAGGUCUACGAACAAGACGAUCUAGGCCCUUCGCAGAACAUCCGAACCGUACUGAGCAAGACCAGUACCGACAUGAGUCAGUUGGCGCAAUAUCUGCUCGACCACGAGUACGAAAUAAUGUCCGGAACGAACGUCAAACCGGAGGAGAAACCCGUGGCCCCGAUCAUCCUACGCGCACAAGCCGUCAAGAAGCAGCUGGAGGAAACGAAAACACUCACAGCAACAUUGGAGAACCGGGAAGCCGAAAUUCGGCAGCUCAAGCUGGCGGCUAAACUCAAGCAAAACGAGCUGUCCGAAAUGCAGAUUCGCAAGGACUUGGCCGAGAAGAAGCUGUCGGUGCUUCAGCAGGAUCACGAAACGAACACCGCCCGACUGCAGAAACAGUACGACGAAGUCUGCCAGCGGCUCAAACAGAAAGAGAAGGAAUUCGAAGAAACUAUGGAUCAUCUGCAAAACGAUAUCGAUUCAUUGGAAAGUGAAAAGAGCAGCCUGCGCGACAAACUCAAGUCCUACAGCUCAAAGAAAGGCGAUCUCAAGACUACAACCGCUCUCGAUAUCUCCGCCAGUUCACCCUACAUUGCCCAGGAGCUAUCGCUGCUCAAGAAGGCCUUCAAGGACGAACGCUCCGAGCGGUUGAAGGUUCAGGCCAACGAGUACAAGAAGAUUCUUGCCAACCUGGAACCGCUGCACGUGCCGCAGCCCAAGGAUGAACGAAUCGAGCAGCUGGAGCAGGAGAUCACCAAGGUAAAGCACGAUUGGAUAAUGUCCCUCGUGCGCGGCGCAGAAAUGCCCGCCACGCGGACCACCCAGGGCAGCGUGUCUAAGGCGAUCAUCGACCACGAGAAUCAACAGAAGCGUAAUCAGCAGCAGAUUAAGUCGAAAGCCGAACAGCUGGCGUGCGAAAUCAUGGGCGAGUAUCUGAGCAGGAAGCCUCACCGUGCGGCUCGGGGGGACUUUGCGAUGUUCCCGUCGACCGAGCUGACUUCGGCGUUCAAAAUGAACAUCAAAGUUUAAGUGCGACCGACUGCUUAUUGGUAAGGUAAGAUUUAUACUGUUUUAGGAGGAUGUAUGUUAAAAAAGUUAUAAACAAUUGCUUUCCACUUCUUUGAAUACUAUUAGUUUGUUUCGGAACAUAAAUCCCCCUAUGCAGCGAUUCGCAAUCAAGAUAUGUCUUGAUCGCAUGUGAUUGGUUUAGUAGUACUCGGAAACACGAUUCCUAAUUCCACACUUAAAGCUUACUUAGUGCUGUUUCCAGUUUAAUUUGUUUGUGUUAUUUAUUACAACACUAGCGGUAUAACAUUCAAUUAAAAAUAUAUACUCAAACUAUUAUCAUACAAACGAAA